CUGGCCUGGCGUUCAUAUCUCCCUACUUGGUCAGACAUUUCGCUGGAUCGAUCACUUCUCUUCUCCCAUCUCAUCAACAUCAAUCCGCUCGCCUAUCAACCUCCUUAACCGUUGUUUUUUGGGUUGAUCUAUCACUUCUUGGUUCUCGACCUCUAUUUGGUUCUUUGGAAUACUCGGUCAUCGUUAGGAACAACUGUCCUCAAUCAAAAACCAGAAAAAAAAAAACGGAAAACAAUAAAGCAACAACUGUUACACAAUGCCGGCUUUUCUCAACCCACAUGGCAAGGCCCGGGCUCGCAGCGUACAACUGGACAACAACCAUUUCAUGGACAACUUCUGUUUGCCUCAAAGAGAGUCGUCAACACCUCCAGCUCUCGCUGUUCGGCCAAGUAGCCUCGUGGACCAAGAAAACCAGCCUCCCUCCGUUCGUCAUUUCCGUAGCAUGCUAGUUGUUGAUGCUCCAUCUCUUGGCCCCCACAAGCCAAUGUCAUACGAUGAGCUCUACUUCAACGCGCCGCUUACUGCUGCAAACGGUUCGAUAGCAUCGCCUGCGCCGACCGAGGGCAAGCAAUCUUCACCCCAACCGUCGUCUCCGCCGAGUUCUGACCUUAAACCAACAGCGCCGGUUACUUCUUCGGGUCCUAUCGUCAACGACAGCAGGAACAUCGUUCGAAGGAAGCUGACAGGAUAUGUCGGUUUUGCCAACCUGCCAAACCAGUGGCACCGUAAGAGCGUCCGAAAGGGCUUCAACUUCAAUGUCAUGGUAGUUGGUGAAUCUGGACUUGGUAAAUCUACGCUUGUCAACACUCUGUUCAACACCUCCCUAUACCCGCCCAAGGACCGAAAGGGCCCUAGUCUUGACAUAAUACCCAAGACUGUCUCUAUCCAAUCCAUCAGUGCAGAUAUUGAGGAGGCUGGCGUUCGUCUACGCCUAACUGUCGUUGACACUCCCGGUUUCGGUGACUUUGUGAACAAUGACGAAUCAUGGAGACCCAUCGUCGACAACAUUGAGCAGCGUUACGAUGCUUACCUAGAUGCCGAGAACAAGGUGAACCGCAUGAACAUCGUUGAUAACCGUAUCCACGCCUGUGUUUUCUUCAUUCAACCCACUGGUCACUCCCUAAAGCCUUUGGACAUCGAGGUUAUGCGUCGUCUACACACCAAGGUCAACUUGAUCCCUGUUAUUGCUAAGUCGGAUACCCUCACCGAUGACGAGAUCACCGGAUUCAAGUCUAGAAUUCUCGCGGAUAUCAAGCACCACGGCAUUCAGAUCUUCGAAGGACCCCGAUAUGAAUUGGAUGAUGAGGAGACGAUUGCGGAGAACAACGAGAUUAUGUCUAAGGUUCCAUUCGCCGUUGUCGGUGCCAAUAAUGAGGUUACCAACGCCGAUGGACGCAAGGUCCGCGGCCGUCGAUACCCAUGGGGUGUUAUCGAGGUAGACAACGAGGAGCACUGCGACUUCGUGAAGCUGCGCCAGAUGCUUAUCAGGACGCACAUGGAGGAACUCAAGGAGCACACCAACAACUCACUCUACGAGAACUACCGAACAGACAAGCUUACCGCCAUGGGUGUUGCUCAGGAUCCAAGCGUCUUCAAAGAGGUUAACCCUGCCGUCAAGCAAGAAGAGGAGCGUGCUCUACACGAGCAGAAGCUCGCCAAGAUGGAGGCCGAAAUGAAGAUGGUAUUCCAGCAGAAGGUGGCCGAAAAGGAGAGCAAGUUGAAGCAGAGCGAAGAAGAGUUGUAUGCUCGUCACAGAGAGAUGAAGGAGCAAUUGGAGCGGCAACGGUUAGAGCUGGAAGAAAAGAAGGCCAGAGUCGAAAGCGGACGGCCGAUAGAGAAAGAAGGCAAGCGAAAGGGUUUCUCCUUACGAAAUUAACCUUCGACGCCUUCUCAUCUACGAUCCACGCCCGAGCCUUCAUGAUGCCUAUACAGUACCGGCCUGCCGUGUCCUUUCACUUCUUCUCUGUCUAUUCAAACUGUCUUUUUUUAAUUACCAAUCACCUAAUGCGCCUCAUCGAAUAAUUGUUCACCAGAACCAUUAUUUGAUGAGAAUAUCCUGGCCGUGGUUUUGUGGUACCCCAAAAAAACUACUCGAUAACUACCAUGCAAACGACAAAAAGGUGGCUUCCGGGAGGCGGGAUUUCCUGUUGUCUGGGAUUGCUUUUCCGG